AUUGGAUCCAUACAAAUACCUAAUCACUUCUGGUCUCCGUAUAUAGUAAGCCUCGGCUACGCAUUCAACAUAUUAUCAAACUUUCCUCGGCUACAAUGGAAACAGUACUUGUGAACGCUGAAACCAAGCCACAUGUGGUCUUCGUACCAUAUCCAGCGCAAAGCCACAUCAAGUGCAUGCUGAAACUAGCAAGGCUACUGCACCACAAGGGCGUGCAUAUAACAUUUGUCAACACCGAGGUUAACCACAAGCAGUUACUAAACUCCGGAGGGCCAAACUCUCUAGAUGGUGAACCAGGGUUCCAGUUCAAGACCAUUCCCGAUGGUGUUCCCGAGGGUACACCAAACUUCAUGUAUGCAGUCACUGCUUCUAUUCUAGUCAACUUCUUGGAUCCAUUUCUUGACCUUAUGGGAAGGAUAGAGAGUCCAGUUACUUGUAUUCUUGCUGAUGGUAUAAUGCCUUUCACCGUUGACGCUGCUGAGAAGCUUAAAAUCCCAAUCAUGCAUUUUUGGACCUUCGCUGCUUGUGCUUUCAUGGGAUAUUACCAAGCUCCAGUUCUAAUUGAGAAAGGACUUAUCCCGUUUAAAGAUGAAAGUUGCUUCACCAAUGGGUAUCUUGACACUGUAAUUGAUUCGAUUCCGGGAUUAGAAGGAUUCCGUUUAAAGGACCUUCCGGGUUUUAUUAGAACCACAAACCCAAAUGAUGAAACGUAUAACUUUUGCAUUGAAAGCAUCAAGGCAACUAGGAAGGUCUCAAACAUAAUCAUCCAUACAUUUGAGGAGUUAGAGUCAAACGUCAUCAAAGCCUUCAAAUCCAUGAUACCUCAUGUCUACACGAUCGGACCACUAGAGUUGCUUCUAAAUCCGACAAAACUUGAAGAAGAAACAAAGAAGUUGGAUAUUAAGGGCUACAGUCUCUGGAAAGAAGAAGAUGGGUGCCUUAAAUGGUUGCAAUCAAAGGAGCCACAUUCUGUGGUUUACGUCAAUUUUGGAAGCCUAAUAUCAGUGUCUUUAGAGCAAUUGCUAGAGUUUGGUUGGGGACUUGCUAAUAGCAACCAUUAUUUCCUUUGGGUCAUCAGACCUGAUUUGGUUAUUGGUGAGUCUGCUUCCUUUCCUCGUGAACUCCAAGAGCUGAUUAAUGAGAGAGGUUUUAUCGCAAGCUGGUGUUCCCAGGAAGAAGUGUUGAAGCACCCCUCAAUCGGUGGCUUCUUGACACACUGUGGGUGGGGUUCGACCAUUGAGAGCUUAACGGCUGGGGUCCCCAUGUUAUGUUGGCCAUUUUUAUGGGACCAACUAACUAAUUGCAGGCAAAUGUGCAUGGAAUGGGGAGUUGGCAUGGAGAUCGAUCAUAACGUGAGCAGGGAUGAAGUGGAGAGGCUCACAAAGGAGUUGAUUGGAGGAGACAAGGGUAAACGAAUAAGGAGCAAAGCUCUGGAGUGGAAGAAAAAGAUUGAAAUUGCAACCGGUCCGAAUGGUUCAUCUUCUUUGAAUAUUGAGAAACUUGCCAAUGACAUUAAUAUGUUUCCAAGAAAGUAGCUACUAGAAACCUGCUAAAGUUUCAUGUUUUUUGUUUUUGUUUUAAUUUGUGUGAUCUUUUAACUUUUCAUAAAACGUAAAAGGGAUAAACUGGAUUUCGUUGUAAGAUGUAUUUGCAUUAGACUCAAAAACAAAAUUAUUUCAGUUGUAUUUA